AUGGCGACCGUCCCGGCCGACAGAGAGGGGCACAUCGUGCUGUUGGCGAACGGCCCGUGGGCGGACGGCAAACAGUUGUGCAUCUUCGCGACUCGAUUGGUUACGCUGCGCCCAAUACAUGUCACCGUGUUCACGAACGAGGCCUUCCUCGAGCGCGCGAAGCGCGAGGUCUCCAGCGAGCUUGCGGGCGUAGGCGCCGUGGGGCAUGUCAGGAUCGUCGCGUUGCCGUCAGAUACACAUAAACACUUCGUCGACCCCGUCUUCGAAGCCGCAUUCGCGCGCGUAUAUCGCCAGUUACUCUCGGGAGAGCCGGUCCAGUGUGUAACGACUGGCGAGCAACUAGGGCCGCUCCCUCUUCCCCAAGCGAUCGUCACCCCCAAGAACUCCACGCUAGAAUCCCUGCAACGGUUGCGAAAGGAGACCGGGGCAGACGUGAAGCUGCUCAUAUGGUACGCGCGCGUCCCGUCUACCCUGUUCUUCUUCCACGGCCCCGCGAACCGGGGAGGCGUCGGAGACGUACGCGCGAAGACCAUACAUUUCCUUGACAGCGUUCUCAUCCGUAUACCGGGAUACGAGCCGCUAUACAACCACGAGGUGCAACCGCAAGAGCUCGCCUACCACGGCACGCUCGGCGUCGAAUGGCUCACCAUCUACGACAUGUUCACCUCAUGCGACGGCGUGCUCAUGUCCACGCCCGAGUGCUUCGACCCGCUCUCCAUCAUCGGCACGCGCGCGUGGAUGGGCGAGACCGCGCGCGGCGCGUACGCCGUCGGGCCGCUGCUCUCCACCGGGGCGCGCGCGGUCGAGAACGAGCUCAUGGACGCGGACCGCGGCACGGAGAUCCGCGACUUCGUGAGCCGCGUCAUGAAGAGCCACGGGCCGCAGUCGCUCCUCUACAUCUCGCUUGGGUCGUGGAUGUGGCCGAAGUACCCGGAGAAGCUGUGGACGUUCUUGGACGUUGUUAUGGACCUCGGUAUCCCCUUCAUUCUGAGCCAUGCAUCCGAGCACGCAGAGAUUCCGGACGAAGUAAGGCAUACGGUGGACCGCUACCCGCUUGGCCUGCUCUCGUCAUGGUGCCCACAGCAGAUGAUCCUCAACCACCCUGUGACCGCCUGGUUCCUGACGCACUGCGGGCAUAACAGCGUCAUGGAGUCCAUCUCCGCCGGCGUGCCCAUGAUCUGCUGGCCGUUCGUCGGCGACGGCGCGCUCAACGCGAUCCACCUCUCCGACACGCUCAAAUGCGCGUACGAGCUGCUCGAGGUGCGCACGGGCCACGGCCUCGAGCGCAUCUACCGCACGGGCGCGCGCGCGCUCGGCACGCCGCAGGCGGUCCGCGCGGAGGCGCUGCAGGUGCUCGCGAGCGCGUUUGGGGAGGACGGGGCGCGGAAGCGCGCGAAUGUGCGCAAGAUGCAGGCGCGGUUUGAGGGCGUGUGGGCCCAUGAGGGUGGGGAUGGGAGAGGGGAGGAGGCUGGGGCGUCGGUGCGCGCGACGGAGGUGUUCUUGCGGGAUUUGGGGCUGUGA